CUGUAAAAUGAAAGUAAGCUGCGCCCUCUGUUUACUUUUGGUUUUGGGGGAAAGUGAAAGUAAACUUGAAUGUUCGGGCGUCUCGACUGCGUCUUCCUCAAUGAAAGCUGUAAUUAAUAAUCAUUACGUUAAAUCUGAACGUUUUGACGUCGUCUUUUGUAAAAGAGAUGGCUGAGGGGCACAAACACAACGACAGCUCCCAGAUGAGAGAUUUGAUGUCCAAGCAUGAAAGAGAGGACAACAGCAAAGAGAUGGCUGAGGGGCACAAACACAACGACAGCUCCCAGAUGAGAGAUUUGAUGUCCAAGCAUGAAAGAGAGGACAACAGCAAAGAGAUGGCUGAGGGACACAAACACAACGACAGCUCCCAGAUGAGAGAUUUGUCCUUUGGUAACGACUCUGAAAAUGACAAACCUAAGCAUGGAAGUGAGGACAAACCUAUGGAUGAAAGAGGGAACAAAUGCAAAGAGAUGGCUGAGGGACACAAACACAACGACAGCUCCCAGAUGAGAGAUUUGAUGUCCAAGCAUGAAAGAGAGGACAACAGCAAAGGUAGCUCACGUCAGGCCGGCUGCUCCUCCUCCUCCUCUUCUUCUGGACCCUCCAGCAGCGGGGCUGUGGGGAGGAAGAGGAAGGAGAGCCCUUCAUGUUGUUACCUGCCGUUAAAUCUUGUGCUACUAUUUAAAGCAAAAAUUUUGUACAUUGUAUUUAGUGCUAUUUAGCAAAAAUUAGCAAUUGUCGCCCGCCAAAAUAUCAGCCGGCUUGUUUUCUCACUCAACCUCAAUAACAUUUUAUUAAAAAUGAAUAAAAAUUAACGUACUUAAUCGCUGCAGCUUCUUCGGCCACCAUUUUCACAAACAGGUAGUUGGUCCCUCCACUUCUGCUACGUAGCCAAGCAAAAACUAAAAUCUUAGUAAGAUUAAUUAUCUCAAUUGAAGACAAAAUAUACUUGCUUUUUGUCUGAUAACAUAUUUCUUCUUACCAGGUGGCUUUUAUGUUAGAGAAUUUCACUUGUUUCAAGUUUUUUUGUCCUUAAGUAGCAAGUGAAAUAUUCUUGUUCUGUUGGCAGAUGAUUUUGCUUAUUUGAAGUAAUAUUUCCCCCAUUUUAAUGCUUUUUUCCUGUGUUUUUGAGAGCUCAGUUUUUGCAGUGCGUUGAGGGUGAAAAGUAUCUGGCGUUCCACACCCAACUUUUCGAUCGUUAUGAUUGCACCAUCCGGGUACUCGUAGUGCGCUGCUUUUCACCAUACUUAGAUGGCUGAGGGGCACAAACACAACGACAGCUCCCAGAUGAGAGAUUUGAUGUCCUUUGGUAAC